GUGGGGCACUUCCAACGCAACUGCCACCCACCAAUAAGUACCAACUGCAGCAGGGAGCGGAAAAAGAGUGGACUCCUUGCGAGGGGAGCGUCGCUGGCUGCAUUUUGGCCGUGACACCACGACACCGACAUAGCAGGCCAACAGCCCGCUUCUUCUCAAGUACCCACCACACACCAUUGCCGUCAUGUCGUUCGUUCUCAACUCUGCCAAGAAGGCGUUCCACUCCGUGACACGGCUCGUCCUUGGCGGGGCCGAUCCCGCAGAGGAGGAGCAGGAGGAACAGAAGCAGGCGACAGCCGAUGCCGCUGCACAGACGUCAAGCACUCCACAACAGCAGCAACCGCCACAGGUACCAGUGGCGUCAGCUGCCUCACCCUCCCAGCUGCACCACAACCAACCCCGACACCACCAUGAUCGACGGCAGCCGCAUCACGAGCAGCCAUCGCCGCGCGUGCGACCGUGGGGACAGCCCCAGCGCAAAGCGCCGAAGCUCUCGCCGCAGCCGCCAGCGCCACAUACAUCCACACCGUUGGAGCAGCCGCACACGUCCACACAGCAAGCACAUGGCCAAGGCCGCCGUAAGCCGCCGCCGCCACUGCCACCGCUGUCGCUGUUGAAGACGCGAGCCACCCCACCACUGCCACGCGGAUCAUCAGCGUCGUUGUCGUCGUCAACAGCCCGCGCACCGUUGUCUGCGGACUCCACCCGCGUGCGCCCCAGCCACCACCUCGCCUUUCCCCCCUCCCCUGCUGCUGGCGACGAGGACGGUACACCGCUGCCGUCUCCACUCGUCACAGCGCCAUCGCAAGCAUCGCAGCUGUCGCCUUCAUCCCCAUCGUUGCUGUCGUCGUCACCACGGGCAGCAGCAGCACGGCACAGCGGUGCGCGGCCUGGUCGCCCCGGGCCCUUCCAGUACUCGCCGCCACCAACCCCGGCCGCGUUCCAGCCCUCCCCUUCGCCCUCGCCCAAGAAGCGAGCGCAGGCUGCACCGCGUAUGCCACACCGGCAGCAGAGGGGGGCUGAGGAGGUCCAGGCGGCGGACGCAGGGCUGCUGGUCAAGGAAACUGCUGUGGACAGUGCGGUGGUGGGUGAUGAAGAUGGCAAGAAUGCCCGCCGUGACGCCGCUGCUGAGCUGGAGGAAAACCCACACGUGCGCCGCUCACGUCGUCGCCACCACCAUCACCGCCACCACCACCAUCACGAGCCCAAACACCAUCACCGCCACCACCAUCGCCACCACCGCACGCCACGGCCGUUGUCGUCGUCGUCGUCGUCGUCGUCGAAGCUGGCACUGUACCGGAAGCUGAUUACCGAUCCGCAGCACAACAAGCAUCUCGAGCGCAAGUUCUCGCCGUACCGCAGCAUCAAGCGCGCAAAGCAGGAGGAGAGGCGCCGCAGGGAGGCCCAGGAGCACAGGCUAAACGCGUCUGCCUUGGUUACCCUUGACGCUCCUUCCACUCCUCUCACCACAGCAAAGGACGGUGCGGCCAGCCCUGCCAGCAGCACAGGUGCCGCCGUCCCAGCGAGUGCUGCGGAGCGCGUGCGAAACCGCGUGCUGAUGACGCGGGAGACGCUGGAAUCACUGCCGCUGGCAAGCGCACGUGCAGCACAGUCGCCAACGUGGUCAACACGCUCCCUGGCCUCCGAACCACAGGGGCAACAACAGCAACAGGGCCAGCAGCAGCAGCAGCAGCAAGGACAACAAGAACAAGCGCAUGAGAGGGCGGGAAAAAGUCCAAUGGCCGGCGUGCAGCAGACACAACACCUUUCAACAACAGCCGCAACGACAAGAGCAGCAACAACCACAACAACCACAACAACAGCGGCGGCAGCACCGGUGACAGCAGCCACGAUGGCAACCCCGACAUCCUCAUCCUCAUCAGCGUCAUCGACCACGCUGAUACCACCGCCACCGCCUGUCAGCAGGGCGUUGCCUACCACCACAACUGCUCCAGCAUCGCUGCCGCAAUACGCCACUAGCCGUGCGCGCGUUGCCUUCCACCAGACAGGCCUGGUUCUGCCAGCCACCACCAGCAGCAACGGCAGCCCGCCGCACCCGCGCCCGCCGAGUGAGCCCACACACAUCUCCCCGACGCCGCCGGUCAAGGACGCAAUUCGGGAGAUGCGGUCGACACGGCAGAUGACGGGGCUGCGGCCACUGGAGAGCACGUCAUCCGUCAUUGCCAGCAGGGGGUCGCCCACAUCGGCGCACGUGUCGGACCUGGAGGAUGAGGAGGGGUGGGAUGACGAGCAGUCCGUGUCGUUCCAGCGCACGCGUGGGGCCGCUAUUGCUGCUACUGCUACUGGUGCCGGCAGUACGAGGGAGCGCACUGACAUCAAACCACCCCACCACCACCACCAUCAUCAGCAGCAUCAUCAUCAUCAUCAGCAGCAGCAGCAGCAGCAACAGCAGCAAUCGCAGAGGCGGUCGGUGGUGGUGACGGGUCGUGCUCCACCACAACUUCCACGAGCGACAUCAUCGAGCGUGCCACCACUGCAGCUCUCACGUGGCUUGGCCGAACCGCCGCCACCGCCACAGGCAGCAAAGCACCGCGCGGGUGCACGGAGCGUGAGCCCAGCAGGCAGGUCUGCGGCUGCUGCCAUUGUGGCCGCAACCAGUCGCCCCACCGCGCACCCAACACCGACAACAGCAGCGGCAACAGCAACAACAACACCAACAACAACAACAACAACCAGCACGGCCGCCACCGCCGCGCCCCCGAUGUCAUCGUCAAUCGGCGGCGUGGCGGCGAGCAGCACUGCGAGCGCGCGCGUGAGUGUCGGGUUUGAAAACCGCCGCCAUUCGCCGCCCAUGUCGCUCUCGCCCGUUGGGUCUCGCGUGUCUGACCGGUCGUCGAGUCCAGAGAAACUCGUGGACGUGUUUGCGCCCGUGUCGCAGUCUGCGAGCCCGGCCACCGUCGCCGUGCACGUGCGGCCGCGUCAUGCGGCGAACACGGGCGGCGAGAGGGACGCUGAUGACGAGGCUGAGGAGGAAGAGGAGAGGCAGGAGGGGGAGGAGGAUCGUGUUGCAUCUGCCCGUGCCGACGAUGGCGAUGGGAGGCGGCGUGGUGUGCCCGUGUUUGGCGACACGCGUGGGCCGCACGCGCUUCGGACGGCGUCUGUGAGGGCCGAGGCCGGGGACGAUGUGGCCAUGGCGACAGACGCAGAGCUGUUUGGAGAGGAGAUGGUUGGCAGAACACCGCCGCCGCCGCCGCCGCCACAAUUCCCGCCCAGUGGAGGCUUGCGUGGCGCUGUCAUUGGUGUUGGAGAGGAGCGACAACAACAACAGCAGCAGCAGCAACAACUAGAACAACAACAUGUGGAGAAGAACUGGCGACGGGUUCCAAUUGCCGCCCGUGUUGACAAGAACGAGGCGAGAAGCAAGCCGGCAGCAGAUGACACGACGACUGAAGUUGCGGUGACGCUCCAGGGAAAGGAGACGGAAGAGGAGGGCAGGGGUGCGAGUGCGAAACCCAAGUCCAUGGCCGGUGUCGAGUCUGGCGGUAUUGGAGGCGAUAGAGGGGAAGGGAGCGCAAUUGCCGCUGCUCAGGUGCGCGCUGCUGGUGCGAAGGGCGAAGAACAGGAAGAGGAAGGAGCAGCUAUGGCGGUGGGGAGAGAAGGUGGUGAGGAGAAGCAAAUGGGCGCUGUUGCGGCAGAACAAGGCAACGACGACAGAGAUGAGAGCGAAGACACAGCAGAGGCAAGAGUGGGCGGGCAAGAACACAAUGAUGGAGGCGAGAUGAAAGGAGAAGAGGGGGAGGGCGCUGUCGGUAUGGACGAGGGAAGUGAAGACGAAAGUGCGGAGGAAAAUGAAGAGUUGAGAGAUGACGGAGAUGGGAGCAGUGACAGCGACAGCAGCAGCAGCAGCAGCAGUGAUAGGGAGGCGGAAACUGGUAGGGAGAGCGAUGAUGAAGCGAGUGGUAGUGGGCACAUCAGCCGUGGCGGUGGAGACUCGAGCGUGGAGGUCAUCCUCUCAAGCGAGGACGAAGAUGAGGAAGAAGAAGACGAGGACGAGGACGAGGAAGUGGAAGGAAGAGGCGAUGAUGGGCAAGAGGAGGAAGAGAGUGGGGAGAGUGAAGAGAGUGGGGAGGAUGAAGAAGAGGAAGGACAAGAGGAGGAGCUGGACGACGACGACGAAGAAGACAGCGAAGCAGAAGAACAAGAAGAAGAAGACGAGGGGGAGGAAGAAGAGAUAGAGGCGAGUGAUGAGGAGGAGGCACACAACGCAGACACAACGAGCGAUGAGGAAGCAGGGAGUGAAGGGGUGGAGGAGGAGGAAGCAACAGAGGGCAGCAGCGACGCCGAACAAGAGGGCAAUGAGCAGAGCGACGACGAUCUGUGUAUCAUUGAAGACAGCGAUGAGGAUGAACAACACAACGAGGAGCACGACUCCAGACACGCCGCAACAAUGCCUGCAGGCACCACCCCCACUGCACUGACCAACGGCAACAAUCGCGAUCAUGAUGCUGAUGACGAGGACGAUGACGACGGCUUGGUGGUGCUGUCUGAUGAGGAGGACACGGGCGACGUGGAAGAGAUUGAUGACAGCGAUGAGCAGCCGGAGCCACGCACGACCACCACCACCCCAUCCACCGGGCCGCGCAGCAACGGAGCGGCAGAGAGCAUCCACGCCACGCGCGCGCCGGCCAACAACACGUCGACGCUAUCUGUGCUUGGUGAGGCCGGGUCGCAGACGUCCUUUGAUGACCGCCUCUCCAGCAGCCGACAGUGGAGCGACAUUCAGCGCACGCUGCUGCAGGCUGAGGAGUGGAAGAAGACGAGCAGUUUCCACCGGCGCCGCGCAAUUCGAACGGCGAAACUCGAGGACCUCAUGAGCGGCAUCACCCUCAUCGGUCUCGCUGCACACAGGAAGCCUGGCGUGGCAAAAGUUACCCCCGAGGAGGACAGAAGGGUUUCUGACGUGUGGACCACUGGUGGGGAUGAAGAUGAACUCUCGACAAACGGCGGCGUCAUGCGGUUCACCCUCAUGCGGUGCGACCUGCUGACGCUGGAGGGCUUGACCUGGCUCAACGACGCCGUCGUCAACGCAUACAUGGGUCUCAUCUUCGAACGCAGUCGCGCAGACCCAUCCCUCCCGCGCGUCUGGCUGUUCAAUUCGUUCUUUUACCAGAGUCUGCGCUCAUCCGGAUACGCCAGCGUGCGACGAUGGACACGCAAGGCAAAGCCGAGCGUGUUUGAUUACGACAAGAUCAUCAUCCCCCUGCACGUGUCUGGAAACCACUGGUGCUGUGGAUGCAUCGACAUGAAAGCAAAGACAAUCACGUACUAUGAUUCAAUGCAUGCUGGCAACCCGUCCUUCCACAAGACAGUCCGCAUGUGGAUGAUGGAGGAGUCAAAGGCCAAGUGCAAUCGCCCGUUUGACUUUUCGUCCUGGAAGAACGUCACUUCCAACUCCUGUCCACAACAGCGCAACUGCUGCGAUUGCGGUGUGUUUACGUCCCAAUUUGCUGAAUGCCUCAGCCGUGGCUCCAAGUUCUGGUUCAAGCAGAGCGACAUGCCCAAUCUGCGAACGGUGAUGGUUCUGGAGUUGCUGGACAAGAAACUUCGACCAAGAUGACGCCAUGACCCUUCAAGACUCUUCAAGUUUCCUGCCUUUCUUCGUCUUUCCAAAUGUGCACAGCCCAUUCAUUCAUGCACACAACGCAGUUCAUUCAGACACACGCACCCAGACACACUUCCACAUGUUCAAUCCUCAUUUCUGUUGUACAUGUUCAUGCUUCGGGCAUAUGUACAUGCAUGUAUGUGGUUCUGUUCGUUGAGUAUGGUCCUGUGACACGUUCCCAUUCCUCCUCUUAGUUGAUAGUUUGUGGCUGGAUCGGGUUGUGUAUUCGUGUGCUUGUGUCACAACCUCAUCAUUUCGUUGCCAUGCUUGUUGUCAGAUAUUUGUUGCCAUCGCAUCAGUGGUGUGUAAAGUACAAUUCAAACGACUUCCA